GAGUAGUUCCUGCCGAUCAGCUGAGACCACAACAUGGCGGGUGGAGCUGCGAGUGUCGAUGCGGCUAAGGAGAGGGCUGCUGUUAGGGCGGCUAUCAAGAAGGAAUUCCAGAAGCAGAUCACAAAUCCGCAUCGCCAUGGCUCUGGAGAAGGAGGUGUUCUGUUCGAUCCAGCUGUGCAGCGCUUCAUGUCAAUGAGAGCCACUCGUUAUGACCACUUCAAGCCUUCUCCUCGUUCAUCUUUGAUUGGAGUUGCCAUGCUUGCUAUCCCUAUCUUGGGAUAUGGUUGGUGGAUGAAAACUAGUCGAGAAAACUUUGAAGCAAAGUGUCGCACUGGCCAAGUGGCAUAUGCAGAUCGUGAGUUUAAGUUCGCCUAAAAUUAUUAUGACAAGAAAACUCAUCUUUGAUAAUGGUGUAUAGAUUGUAUAUGAGUAUUAUGAAUAAAUAAUUUUAAAGGUU